AUGAAUACAGAAAAAGUGAAUACCAUAUAUAGUGUUAGUGAGGUUGAGCCAAAUGAAACUCGAGCCAAAGAAAACAUAGUUGCAGAAAAAAAGUUCAUCCGAAAAAUGGAUCUACUAUUAAUGCCAAUGUUUGGUUCAAUGUAUUUUUUUUCAUACUUAGAUAGAUCAAAUAUAGGUAAUGCUAAACUCGCUGGCUUGAUGGAAGACAUAAACUUGACAGAUAGUCAAUUUUCUACUGCAAGUUCAGUUUUAUAUGCAACUUAUAUUACUGUUCAAAUUCCAGGUGUCUUAUUAUUUAGAAUGUUCAAAGCCAAUCACUAUUUGGCGGGUAUGAUGUCGGCAUGGGCACUAGUAACCAUAUUUAGCAUUUUUGUCAACAAUUAUGGUUCGUUGGUUGCAACACGAGUUUUGAUUGGCCUUUUCGAAGGGUCUUUCUAUUCAUGCUUGUCAGUUUACAUAUCAAAUACGUAUCAGCCAAAUGAAAUGGGUAGAAGGUUUGCAUAUCUUUUUAUUUUUUCUGCAUUUUCAUCUGCAUUUGGUGGGUUAAUAGCAACUGGGAUAACUGAAAUCAAUUCAGGUCCUCUUUCUAGAUGGAAAUAUCUUUAUUUAAUUGAAGGAUUAUUAACAAUGGUUGCCGUUUGCUUCGUUUUCUUCUUUUUACCAAGUUAUCCUCGGUAUCUUGCAACAAAUGAGAAGGAACGUAAAAUUUGGGAUAAAAGAGUAGAAAGAAGAGCAUUAUUCUUAGGCUCUGGUAAAUUUGAUAAAAGCCAGGUGAAGGAGGCCUUUACGGAUUCAAAGCUUUACUUUUCAAUUAUUAUUCAAUUCUGUCAAGAUAUUUGCAUGUAUGGUUUUACUACAUUCUUACCUUCUAUAUUAUAUGGAAUUGGAUUUGACAAUUUAGAGGCUCAAUACUUGACAAUUCCAGUUUAUAUCUUAGCUGGGGGGAUUUUCUUAACGGUUGCAAUCUUGUCUGAUCGGUGGAAAAUUCGUGGACCGGUGAUAAUAUUUUUGAAUCUUAUCAGUAUAUCUGGAUAUAUUAUCUUAUUAGCAGUGCAUGAUAAUUCAGUAAAAUAUUUUGCCUGUUACCUCAUUACUUUUGCUUUAUAUCUGAAUGUGGGACUUAAUGAAACAUGGUUAGCAGGAAAUUCUGCCCCUAUCGAUAAGAGAUCUACAUCCAUCGCAGCCAAUCAAACUUUUGGAAAUGUUGCCGGCAUCAUUGCUCCACUCGUUUACAGGUCUUCCCCAUACAUAUUGGGCCAUGCAUUUACUAUUGGCUGCUUAGUGGUGUCUUGUUUAACGGCUGGAAUUCAAUCAUACAUAUUUUACCGCAUAAAUCGGGAUCGCCUGUUACUCCUAAUCCAAGAAAAAGAAGACGACCAGCGCAUGGGUGAUAAAUCUAUUCAUUUCCAGUAUAUGAUCUAA